AUGGCUACGUCUUCUCCAGUUGGUUGGACACUUUUGACAUCAUUCAACUUGCUUUCAGCCAUUUGUGAGACUGCCUUCCAUUAUCAGGAUAAGAUUCCUCCUAGUUAUUAUGCGGUUAAUGUUGCCUCAAAUAUGCAGGAUAUUGAUAUUGCAACCGCAAUCGUUCUACAACGGAAAAAACUUGUUGGAAUGGAUACUAUCUGCAGAAGAACAUGGAGCAUAUAGUGGCCACAUAAUUAGUCAAACAAAGUUUGCUAGGUCUCUUGAGGGGAAGAGUUGCUUUUCAAUGGAAUUUUUUUCAUGAAAAUAUACAGGUAGUGGGAUUUAUUUGUUCCCACACACAUUCCACUAAAGCUUAAUUCAUCUUCAGGGUGUUUUUGUCUUCUUGAAUAAUGUGUAAAAUUUGAAGAAUUUGGAAACAAGGGAUUGUAAAUGUGAAAAUGAACUUCUUAUUCAUGUUAAUGUUCUUUGUUUGAUUCUGUAGACUAAACUGAUGUUCAUAUGAGGUUUGUGAGAAAAGUGAGAGCAACACAUGUCAUGCUGUGGCAUUUAUCAUAUUGUGAUGAUGGCUCUAUUGUAGUUUGGUUGAGGCAAUGCCAGGUAAUGGAUGUGGCAGGUGGGUUAGUUUGACAGUUAUUCUAGUGAUGGUAACGGCAUUGGCAUGGUGAAGGUAGUUAGGACAUGAAGGCAUAGUUGGUAAUGAAUUCUGAAUCUUGGUGGUGGAGGAAGUUGCCGUCAUAAUGGUGGUGACUAAAAUAGCAUGGUAAUGGAAGUUGUGGUGGUGGUGAUUUUAUGGUUUCUGUGUGUGUGUGUGUGUGUCCAUAGGAUUGGUGGUGGUGGUGGCCACGAUUGUGCCAAGGAAGUUUUGGUAAAGACGCAAGUUUUGUUGACUGUUACGCCACCAAUAGCUGCCUCUCCCCCUCCACCUGAGGCCCUAAUUCGUUUGAGUAAUUUGAUCACAGUUCCUAGUUACAUAUGGUGAUUCUGUUGGAAAAUUUCAGAAACUCUUUCGGUGGUUACAACUAGUAAAUAGUUGAAUGAAAUAAUGCCCUUAAUAAACUCUGGAAAACCAAGAUCAAAGAGCUUUUGAACUUUUGAGACCUGACUGAACAUAAGGUUUUGCACUCUAGUAUCAAAUUGAAUAUAAAAUUUUGGGAUCUUAUGAUGAAAUGUUGGAUUUUCUGUCAAUUAUAGAAAAUUUGAUUGCAAUUAUAAACCCUGAAGAAGGUUGGAAUAGAUGAGAUAUUCCUGUUGAAACUAAAUUUAAUUGAAGCUGUAGCAUUGAAUCGACAGGGUAUAUAUGCAUGCUCUCUUUUUUUGUUUUUUUAUAUGUAUAUAUAUGCAUGCUCUAGCACUCCAUUGCUGCGUGUAAGAUGAAUACACUGUGUACUUUUACGAGCUUGUUCUAGUACAGCAAACUUCAAAAGGAGUGUUGGAGCAUACAUAUACUUUCAACUUAAACUUUCUGUGUGUGACAUCUGUUCUUGACAUGCAGGUUAUUUUAGACAAGUACAGACUUUAUAUUGUGAUUUUAUUCAAUUGAUGUAGGUUUCUCUUUGAUUCAAUAUUGAACCCUGAAUUUCAAUGCAUAACAACUUGAGGUUUCAUGAUAGUUAUGAAAUGAUUUGAGAUCUCCAAUUUACACAUUUGGUAAGAUAUUUGAUGCGCACAAUGCAGUCUCAAUUGGUGGACAUGAUGUGUUUUGUAUCGUUGACUUCCAAUAAAUGGUGGUCCUGAAUUUGUGACUUCUUUGGGUUUCUUUGUGAAGAAAACUGAGAAGAUUGGCUGUUUUGAGAAGAAAAAAUUAUAGUAUUACUAUUGAAGCAAUGCCACCAUAUUGUUUCAAAAGGGAAUCCAAAUCUUUCAUUGACAUCAAGUUACUGAACUGAUUCCCAGAAGGAGAAACAAAAGAAAAAGGGGGGGGGGGGG